AUGCGUCCGUAUACGCGCUUCAACAGAGGUUACCACUACAUUCUCACUGUCAUCGACGUGCUGAGUAAGCAUGCAUGGGCCAUACCGCUCAAAGCCAAGAGCGGGAAUGAGGCAUCGGUCGUUGAACGAUUCAAUCGUACAUUGAAGAAUGACAUGUGGAAACAGUUUACAUACAACGGAAGCUACAAAUGGAUCGAAAUGCUGCCGCGUCUCGUAUCGGAUUACAACGCGCGUAAGCAUCGCACUAUCGGCAUGCGACCCGCUGACGUAACCCCCGCGAUCGCCGAAAGACUCCUGGGUUUCACACCGAACUGGACGACGGAGGUCUUUAAAAUUAUCAAAGUGCAGCAAACUAAUCCAGUGACGUAUCUACUGGAGGAUUCCCGCGGAGAGCUCAUAGCUGGAGGAUUCUACGAAUACGAACUGCAUCGCGUCGCUAAUCCCGAUGUAUACCUUGUUGAAAAAGUGUUGCGCAAAAGGGGAAACGAGGUUUAUGUGAAAUGGUUGGGACUUGACAAAUCACACAAUUCGUGGAUUCAUAAAGACAAUGUAUUAUAA